AUGUCGUUCGAGGUUGCGAUUCACCUGACGCCGUACCCGGCAGCGUUCAUCAUCGAGCACGCCAAGCGCAAGAAGUACGCUGCGGGCUACAUCCUCGGCACUGUCAGGGCGGAGGAGAUCGUCAUCACAGACUUCAUUCCGCACACGCACAAGGAUACGGAGGUGCCGAACACGAAGGCCCACCGCGCGGAGCUGACGCGCCGGCGCGCCGCCAAGCGCCGCUACACGACGCAGGACCUCAUAGGCUGGUACUCGGCGGGGCAGCCUGGUGCGGACCUGACUGAGGAGGACUACCAGCUGUGGUGCAACGCGCCGUCUGUCAUAUUCCAGGGUCGCCACUGCCUUCACCUGCACUGCGAGAUGCCCCACGAAGAUGGGACGACGCCGACGGUGACGUGGACGGCCUCCGUCGUUUUCGAGGACCCUGCAGAUCGAACGCUGAAGCACAUCGACCACCGGGUCACCCUCGCCCCCAUGAACAACCUUGCCUCGGAUGUGAUGCUGAGCCACAUCACCUCCCUUCUCCUUUACAACGGUGGCCGCCCCUUCCCCCGUAGCAAGCUGCAGAACCUCGACGAGGUGGCGUACGUGGCCUCCAUCGACCACAAGUCCUCGACGGAGGCUGUGGACGAGGAGCAGCGCCGGCUGGAGCGCGCGGUGGCGGCGGCGCAGGAGAUCGUGGCCGGCGGCAGCGGAGGUGGCAAGGAUGAGCAUGAGAUGAUGACCGCCGUCGAGAACUUCCGCGCGAUUCGCGACGAGGCACUGAAGCGCCAGCGUGACCAGACCGGUCGCAUGGACUUCAACUCGCAGCAAUUCAAGGACGCCCUCAUGAUCAAGUGUGCUGCUACGAUCCUGCGCAGGGAGAUUGACCAGAUCGAGCAUCUCUCCACCGUGUACGGCGAAGAUGCCGCUCGCCGCAGCAAUGCCACCGGCGGUGAGAGCAACGAGAAGCAGCAGCAACCGGAGAAGCAGCAGCAGUAG